GGAAGCCACCGACGCGACGCGACUUAAUUGACGCGUGUUUUACGCGUCUUACCUUGACCACGAUGGUGUCCUCAAACGACGUCCAGCGUCUCUUUCUCCAAGGUAUAUUUUCACGCAGCAUUCUUUCCUUCAAACACGCUCAGGUUCUCUGGGAAAAAUGUAUUGAUGCUGUUAAAACUGCAAACCCGACCUUGGACAUUCGUUUUUCUGAUUCCAGAGAGGAGUGGGAUCGCUUUGUGAUCAGUAUCAAUAAUUCUCUCAAUUGCCUGGAUCUUGAGUUUCGGCAUCUGACAGAUGAGCAAACUGGCCGGGAGAUGUAUGCUAUGGUGAACAGCAAGGACGAUGAAAUCGCACAAAUGGCUACAGACUAUGCACCGGUCGAAAUUGCCUACUUUAAAGCAGUUGUAGAGCAAAUCAUGCUCGCCCCGCAUGAGGCAUACUCUGUAUCAUCGUUGGUCGCUCUACGCGAAGUCAACUCUCUGAAGACCAACAUGACGAAAGCGCAAGCCGAAAUUGUGCUCGGCAGUUUUGUCGCCAAGGGGUGGUUGUUAAAGAGCAGACGGGGCCGCUAUUCUCUCUCAACUCGCACAUUGCUGGAGCUUCUUCCGUACCUCAAAAGCUCAUAUCCCGAAGAAUGUCUUGAAUGCGUCAUAUGUUACGAGAUCGUUACCCGUGGCGUCGCCUGCAGCACGCCCAAUUGCAAGGCACGUUUGCACUACCAUUGUUGCAGGAAGUACCGCAGUCGGAAUGCCAAGUGUCCAGCUUGUUCGCAAGAUUGGCCACAGGACCUCAAGAAUAUGACCCCUGUCGGCGAGGACGCCAUCAAGGACGGCCAAGACGAGGGACAGCGUGUACGGAGGAAAAGUACUGAGGAUGGCAGUGAUGAGGAAGACGAUGAUGAAGAAGAGAUGGAAGUAGAGCCUUCGCAGCCAUCACAGACUCAAACGCAGUCGCAGCGAAAAGGUAAGGGCAAGGGCAAACAGAAAAAGGCACCUGCAGAUAUGGAUAUGGACCAGGAUGAAGACGACGACGACGAUGACGACGAAGGCCCACAGCAGACACAAGGAAACGGGCGCCGCCGCUCGACGCGCACUCGAUGAUUUCACGAGUAUUAUCUAUUGUACUCUAGCCUACUACACAGUAUUGUAUUGCAGCGUGCUAUCGCUCUAUUGAUGGGUGUGGUGCACUGUUCGUCGUCACCCGCCCGUCUUCUUGUGUUGGCACGGUCUUGUUGAUGAAUCCGAACCUGCCCUUCCCCCACACCUGACGCUUCUUGUCUUUUCGGCCCUCACCGAACUCCUCAUUCCAUUUCCGAAGGUCUGCUAAGGUACCGAGAGACUCGGAUGAAGAAGGCGUGAUUU